UACUAAAUAAAGUCCUAGAUUAAUUCACUUAAAUAAUUUGUUUACUAAAUCCAAAUGAUUCCAAUAAAAAUGGAUCCUUACUCGCAACAUUUGGCAAAUCGACUUCAAGAAAGAGAACAAGAAUUGGAAAAAUUACAUAGUAGUUUUUGUGAUGUUAGAAAUAAAUUUAUGCAGCUGGAGAACGCGUUUCAAAUAAAUUUGCAAACCCAGCAAGAUAGGGAAGACGAAAUUAAUUUACUAAGACUUGAAUCUCACGAUUACCGGAAAUUGGAUGAGGAAAGUGCUAAGUCAAGAGCGGAACUUGCUUCGAGAUUAAUGAAGGCCAUUAGUGAGAGUGAUCAUUGGAAAAAAGCCUUUAUGCAACAAAAGAGGACGAAUAAGUUAGAGCACGAAAAUUUCAUCGCAUCUGUGAAAAAAGAAUGUGAGGACAUUUUACAAGUGACUCGCAGCACUGCAGAGAAACACUUUCGUGAAUUGGUUCAGCUCUAUCAGACUGAACGAGGAAAGUCCGACUUACUGCAGAAACAGAUGAAGAUUUUCCAGCAGAAGUACAGAAACAAACAAGAAAGAAUAUUGGAACUGGCAAAUCUCCUUGAAACCUUGGCACAAUUCAACGUAAACGUAGAGUCCGUUUGUCAAAAUGCAGCAGAAGUUAUGAGAAAUUUCGAGGAGCACGAUAUCGUUCAUGUUGAAAAGAUGCGAAAAUUGCGGCAGUUAACUUGGGAGGCAGGGCAGAUCAAGUUUCAGGAUCAGGAGCAACUUCGUAUUCAAAAUUCAGUUUUGAGGGAAAUAGUGAAAAGCCUAAAGAAAAAGUUACAGAUCGCCAAUUCGUGUUCAGAAUCGAGGCUACUAAUUCCGGAAAAGGAUGAAUCUCCAGAAUGCAUAAAUCCCAUCAAUUUUAGCGGAUACAGGAAGCCAGCCAAUUUCUCCAACGAAUCCGAAAAAAUGUUGAACAAUUAUAUGACCCCGGAAUGUAAUCAGACAUCGAAAAGUUUUGACAACCCACAAAAGCUCAAUGGACCCUCGGAAUACCAGAGUCCUGGAAGCAUUAAUCAAAAAAUAAAGAUUAAUGCAAUAAAUGCUAGGAAGAGAAAAGAAACUAAAUUCUCAAGAGAUUCAAGAGAAAAGGACCAAAUUUGUCUCAGUCCACACAUCGAGAAACUUGAAUCCCAUUUGAAUGGAGUCCCUUAUCAAGAAUACGUGAUAAGGUUUUCGAAAAAUCAUGAGAUGAAAGUGAAGCAUUCCUCUAUCCCAACAUCUGGGGAAUUUCCACUGAAAAUUGAAUUUGUCGACGAUGAGGAAGAGUACCAGGAUGCAUCACUUGAUAAAAUUUAUAUUUUUCUUAAAAAUAUUGAGAGAGUCAUCAGAUUGAAGAAAAAUGGUAUGAAUUGUGGAGUUCAGACGACGAGGGUCAAAAUUUCCAAUAGUUAUGCUCAGACUAUGCUAACUAAAUCGACCAAUUCGUUUUCUCGAUUAAACGUUGGAGCUACGAUGUUGAACAGUGAAAAAAGGGCCAUAGAGAGAUGCCUCUCUAAACUAGAGCGAACCGUUGCUGACCUGAAAUUCAAUGCAGCUUAUCAAGCACGUCCGAUGACAGAGAGGGAUUCGAAAUACGAGAAGAAUGAGGAAUAUCUCGGUGUUCGAUUCAUGGAACGCUGAGAAGAAAUUCACGCCAACUGAAACAAUACAAGCAAUUCAAAUCAGAAGCAGCUCUAAAAAUGUAUACCUUCAAGGAGAUCUUAUUGAAUUAAAAAAAGGAAAACUUCAGUACAAGUAGUCUUUUAACAGAAAAUAUUUCACAUAUAACAACAAAAAUUGUUAAUUUAAUAUGUCUUUAGUUUCAAUAAUUGUUUGAUAUUUAAUCGGUUCAAAGCUUUCCAAUUUCUACUUCAAUUCGACCUU